AUGUUCAAAAAGAAACUGAACCUACUCAUGAUUUCAAUUCAAGGAAGUGAAAUUGUACAUUAUAAGAAUCCUUAAGUUUUCUACAUAAUAUUCUUAGUUGUCGAUGAAGAUUAUGAAAUAAUAGGAAAGAGCUAAAACGAUAAUUCCAUAUGUCCAAUUUGUUAUCAAUAUAUGAAACUAGGCAAUACUCAAUUAUACUCAAAUCAUCUAUCCAUCUAUUUUGAUGUCCAUACUCAAUGUGCACUUAUGUAAAAAUAAUAGUUAACAUCAUUAGUUAUUUUGCAUGAAAACAUCAAAUUGACUAAAUUUGUUAAAUGUAUUCCUGUAGACUACGAUCUACUCGACCUCAAUAUUAAAGCAUUUGUAGAGUUUCAAGUUUUUCACAUCAUUGCUCAAAAACCAUUCUUACAUUUAACUCAUUCCACUACUCUUAAAUUAAAGAAAAAUACAUCCAUCUUAAUAGAUUAUGCUAAUCUAAAGUAGUAUUAUGGCAAGUGUCUAAAAUACAUUAUACCAUUUCUCUAAGAACGCAUUCAAGUUCAACUGUAUAUUAUAGAUGCUAAUUUAAUUUAAAAAGGUAAAGAUGCUCACACUUAUGAAUUCUAUUACAAUGCAGAAUAAUCAACUAUUGGUGCUUAAUUUUCAUUAGAAUCUUGUGGAGUGUGCAUCUCAAUGUAACUAGAAGAAGAUAUUAUUUAACUAUCUAUUAAAUCACUUCAAAUAAUACUCCCAACUAAAUUAACUCAAAUAGGUCCAAUCCAAACAAGAAUUACUUAUUAAAUUUUCAACUUGAAGAAACUCCAAUAGAAGAAUGGACUGAAGAUUUUUAGAAUCUUGAAUAGAUUAGAAGUAAAGUUGUAAAUUUUGUAAAAACUUAUCAUGGUAGUAGAUUGAUUUAAAAACAUUUCAAAACUUGUACUUAAAAGGAAUUAGAUCAAAUGUUAUAAGAUAUUGGAUCUCAUCCUCUAGAUUUGAUGAUUCAUCCAUAUGCCAAUUACAUGUUUGUUAGUCUUAGUCAAAGUUAUGCUACACAUUAAAGAUUAUAUAUCUUAUAAACAGUAUAUUUAUAUAAUUAGAUCGGUAAUCGUCUUGCUGAUAUUGCUUGUGAUAAAAAGGAACUAAUUCUAUUUAGUCUUUAGUUUCAUUGA